GACGAGGAGGGAAGCAGAAGAAAUUGUGCUAUCAGUCAAAAUGUCAGAAGGGAGCGCGCUGCAGAUAAUGAGCCGCGCCGCUGAAGGAAGCGUAGCACAUGCGAUGGGAGGACAGUCUUAUCGCCCAAGAAACCGGCCACGGAUUAUUUCGUACAACCACUGCGGAGCGAAAGGGCACGAACCAGGGGAUCGCCGGUUCCGUUCGGCAACAUUCUUGAAGUGCCAACAGCGGGGUCAUAUCGUCCGAGCCUAUUUCCGUCGGGAGAGAGAGUUCAUUCUAGGGCCACCAAGGCUGUCGUGUCAGGUAAAAACCCUAUCGUCUCAGGAGGAGGGCACAUCUGUGGGCACGGACGGUAUAUUCGCGUUGGAAGCAGCGGAGUCAUGUCAGCCACGCCGGUAUCACGCAACCCAUUGUACGCACAUUGAACUGUGGGGGCAUUCCAGUGGACAUGCAGGUCGAUACAGGGUCACUGGUGUCGGUCGUCACGUGGCCCACCUAUGAGCAAGACAAAACAGUGUGGCCCAAGCUGCGUGGUUCGCCAUUGAAACUGACUUGCUUCCUGGGAGAGCUUCCCGUUCGUGGACAACUCAAGCUCAAGGUUUCGUGAGGAAAUCGGUCGACGGACGGAUCCCUGACAGUCCUCGGUUGCUCGGGCGCCAACUUGUGCAGACGUGACCUGACCCAGGCGUUCAACAUGCUCGAGGCGUCAGUAAUGAACGUGAACACGACAGGUGAACGUGACUGUCAUGUACGAGCCAUACUGCGAGGACAGUUCGUGGUUCAUCACCGAGCAGCUGUUGCCCGUGUACGGGCUCCUGCGCGAGCACCUGGUCGUCGAGAUGGUGCCGUUCGGACGCACGCUCAUGAAGGAGCCGCAGUGGGUCGACACCAGCGUGUCCUUCACCUGCCGCCACGGGCAGGCCGAGUGCCGCGCGAGCAUGAUUCACGCGUGCGCCAUCGCCCUGUACCCGGACACGGACAUGCACUUGCCGUUCAUCGCGUGCACGCUCAAGGAGGGGAAGCCCGAGAAGAACGUGCGAAAGUGCAGCACCCAGCACAGACUUGAGGGCAGCAAGAUCUCCGACUGCGUCGAGUCGCCGCUGGGCACGAUUCUCCUGCAGAAGAUGGGCUGGCGCACGACGAAGGUGCGGCCGCCGAUUGACAGCGUGCCCAGUGUCCUCAUUGACGGCGACUUGAACAGGCGCUACCAGAAGAAGCUGCAGAAGAGGUUCAAGGAGGCCGUCUGCGAGUACUUCAAGCCGCCCGUGCCGGAGCCGUGCGUGGUCAAGGGGUGGUUCAGCCGCUGAACACUGGUUUGCGACGACCCUCUUCGCACUCGAACCCACCCCGCCGCCGAAAUUAGCUCUCCUCCCAUGUUCAGAAGUGAAAUCGCAUAACGGCGCAGUACAGAACAUGCGGAGCCUCUCAUCUUUUGGUUUAGGUUCUAAAACAUUGUACUAUUUCGAAGCGGUUCCCAAAAAGCCACAGAUGGUAGAUCCCUCCUCUACCUUGUUAGCCCUGGUGCAACGACUGCGGUAAGAUAUACAACUGUCCCUCAUAAAUUGAUAGAUCGUAUUUAGAAAACACGAUUCGACACUCCUACCUCCUCUGGGCCGGGAGAAUCAAGACUAGGGGACCAUAUAGCGGUGAAGGCCAAAGCGAAGGGACCGAAAUCCCCCCACGUAACUAUUUAUAGGCGACGCGAGGAAAAUAAAAUUCUCGCAUCUGCCCGGUGGUUA